CGGCGACGGUUCCGCCCCGCGGCGGGCGAGAGCGCUGGGAGACGGCUGGACGCAGGCUGGGCGCGGUGCGGCCCGGACGAUGCUGCUGAGCCCCGGCCCGGCCCGGCCCAGAGCACAUGAUGGCGAUACGGGAGCUCAAAGUGUGUCUUCUCGGGGACACGGGGGUUGGGAAAUCAAGCAUCGUAUGCCGGUUUGUCCAGGACCACUUUGACCACAACAUCAGUCCCACCAUCGGGGCAUCUUUUAUGACCAAAACUGUGCCUUGUGGAAAUGAACUUCACAAAUUCCUCAUCUGGGACACCGCUGGCCAGGAGCGGUUUCACUCCCUGGCUCCCAUGUACUAUCGAGGAUCGGCCGCAGCGGUGAUAGUCUAUGACAUCACUAAACAGGAUUCAUUUCAUACCUUGAAAAAAUGGGUUAAGGAGCUGAAAGAGCAUGGCCCAGAAAACAUUGUGAUGGCAAUUGCUGGGAACAAAUGUGACCUCUCAGAUAUUAGGGAGGUGCCCUUGAAGGAUGCUAAGGAAUACGCUGAAUCCAUAGGUGCCAUUGUGGUUGAGACAAGUGCGAAGAACGCCAUUAACAUCGAGGAGCUCUUCCAAGGAAUCAGCCGCCAGAUCCCACCCUUGGACCCCCAUGAAAAUGGAAACAGUGGCGGGAUCAAGCUUGGGAACCAGAGCUUGCAAACCAGCCGGCGAUGCUGCUGACCCAAGGGCCGCAUGGAGCACGAAGCAGGAAGCCAGAGCCCUCUCCAGUGCCUGGGGCCCACAGAAGGACCCUACCCUCGGGACUGCCUGCCUGCCGGAGAGUGAGCAGCAUUGCAUGCUGGGAGACCUGCAGGAUGCUGAGCAGGGAGGGUCCCUGCGAAGAGAUUAUCGAAAACUCCGGAAAACUCACUGUACCUCCACAACAUGGCCUUCGGUUUAUAAAAUGCACACGGCAGGGGUUGCACUUAUUAGGUAGUAGGUAUAGUUGCCCUUUUUUGUUAAAGAAAUAUUAGAAAAUUUUUUAGAUUUGUUCACAAACCUUGCCGUGCUGUUCUUCCCUGACCUCGGAUGUUAUCUAGUCAGAUUCCAGUAACUUCUCCAGGGCCAGGGUCUUUUUCUCUGGCCAGUUCACCAAAAGGCAGCAGCAAUAUAGAAGGUUAGCUUUUAGCUGGCUUGGGGAGCAAACCUCUAUUAUAUUAGUUUUUCUGAGGGAAAUCAGAGAAGUAUAACUGGACCAUCAUUCAAACUGAGAGCUGACUUUCUGCAAAAGAGACAAAAGUUGUGUUAGAAACUGCCAUCUGUGUCCCCUUUUCAUGUAACUGGUGAACAUUUUUCUAAGAUACAGUCAUACAUCAACCAACCAAACCAGACUAGAACGUUACACAUAAUUCUGGGGAUGGGAGGCCCGGUUUAAAAGAGUUAAGUGGUUGGUAUGUAAGCCAUGGUAGGUGGAGGAUUAUAAAUAGCAUUCAGGGCACCACCCAGCAUACAUCCUCUCCGUUGCAGUAACUUUCUACUCUUGGAGAUGAUUAGUUCACAGAGCAUUGUUUUACUAGGAGACUAUGCCAUAGUGUCUAAGGGAAAAAAACUAACCAGAGGAUGUUGAGUCUAAAUUGUAGGGCAAACUUCUAUUAAUAGCAGCUAAUCAUGGAUUGUAGCAAACCAGCCAGAAAAAUGUUACCACCUUAAAAUUCUGGACCCCCAAAGUAUAAAAUUCAGAAGACCAUACUUUAAGCUUUUCCAAAAAGCUUUUCUUUUGGAGAGAACAGCCACCAAGCAAACAGAGCGAGGUUCCGGUCAUAGACGGUGGUUGUCAAGUCCAGGAUGUGUUCGCCCACGUACGUUCUUCCUCAACUUGGGAGUUCACUGACUCUUAGAAUACGAAGGAUGGAAAAUCCUUGUCUUGAUUCAAGAGUGUCCCCCAGUGUCCCAUAACAGACAUCUGCAACACUGUUAGCAGAUGGUGUCUGUAUGUUGUAACAGGGCCUUCUCAAGGACAGUCAGCGCCUGUCCCAUGCUGCCAGUGUCACUGGCUGACAGGAUUCUGUGUGCCGACAAAAGACAUGAAUCCACUCACCGCAGGUAAAACAGAAAAAAAAAACAAAAAAAAAACCUAGAGUUGAAACUGAAAAGGCCUCUCUCCAGGUAGCAUCAAGCUUAUGUUUGAACCUUCCCCUGUGUUAGGGAAACUUGUCCUGGGAACUUGCAUUGGUAUAGCUAGGCUGUCUAGAUUUCCAAGCCGAGAUGGUACUGUUCCCAGAAGAGAAUGUCAUGGCUUUGGAUUGGGUUUGCAGAGGUUGAAUUUUACAUGAACUGGCUGGGCUUCCCCCUGACAGUGAGCCCCCCUGGGUGUUUUAGAAAAGCACACGGGGGAGUGAAACCUUGCUUUUUCUAGGCUGCAUUGCCAUUGAUGUCAAAGCUAGGCAGAGGGUAAGUACGCAUGUGUGUCAAACAGAGAGUGUGUGGCACUUGGGCACACAAAUAUUCAUACCCUCUUGGGCCUUCUCUGCAGGUAGAUGCUGUGGCCUUUGGUGCCUGGGAUUCCUUUUGGGUUGUUUUAACAAUUGACUUUUAAUCAUAGAAACGUCUGUAAAGACCUAGAAAUUACAAUUGUUCUGACACAGGAUAUGGUAUCCUUAUCAUCGUUCCCAGAAUUCCCUUCCCAACCCCUAUUUUCUCUCCCUCACAUGAGGCAGGUUUGUGUAUAUGUGUAAAUAUGAUUGAUGUUGGCUACACCUCCAUGUAAUCCAUUUUAGAGUGGCUGGUUUGGCUCACGACCUUGUUUGUGUCUGUAAGUGAGGCACAAUAUCAGAGGGAUUCUUUCUCAUCAGGAAUCCCCAAGGACAGUGGUAGAGCUGUGCAAAUGUUUUACAAUAGGUACAGAAUUGACUUGCCAUUUUUUUUUUUUAGUAAAAAAUGGUACAUUAGGGUACUGAAUAUGAUGUUACCUUGCAGACUAACCUGCAUUCUAGCCAGUAGUAAGGGCUGUGCCCCAGUGGGGAUCCCACUCGUUCCCGAGGGAGGUUUGGAGGCUUGAAACAUUUCCUCUGCCAUUAAGGACUAUGGCCUGUAUAGACUUCCCUCCUUGCCACUGGGCAGUGUUCCGGACAGGGAGUAAGAAGCCAGCCAUCAGCCAAGAGCUCUGGCUGUGUUCAGACCUGAUCAUGCGUUUCAUCGUUGUUGUGACACCCAGUGACCCAGCAGUCAUGCCGUCACACAGACUGUCACCCUUUCUGGUGGUUUUGUAAAGGGUUUCCACUUGGGCUGGACCCAGGUUUUGUACCUAGACGAUACCUCCCCAGACACCCGGGACCUUCGCAUCUUGUACUCUGUUCUAUGGUAAAGCAUUUCCCUUGUGCUCAUUUGUAUCAGUUGCUUUUGAUUUUAACCCAUUGGUAUGAUUCAUACUAAUAAAUAUUUUAAGUUUUA